AUGGCGAAUCGAUCUAGCGCUAUCACUACGACGACGACUCUCUACGGUUCCUCCUCCGCCGAGAAUCUCUCCGAUUACACCAUUUCGCCGAACGACUCCUCCUCCGACUCAUCCCUGGUUGCUCCGCCGUCUCAGUCGCUCACGGAGACUCGCGUUGGUGCUCUCGUCGCUGAUCAGGAUCUCGAUGUCGCUGAUCUCGUUCCCGAUGUCGCUGGUGAUGACGGCGGAAGUUCGACGCUGGUGAUUGGUGGAGAAGGUUCUGGUGAAUCCGAGGACGGAGAUCACAUCGAUCGCGACGGAGACGAGGAUCUAGGCGACGGUUAUUACGAUAAUGACGGUUACGACGAUGUGGAAGAGGAGCUUGACAGGAUAUGGAGCAGUUCGCUACAGAGGCUGAUUAAAAUGCAGACGAGGCAGCCGAAGGAGCCUACUCGCAAGCGUUGUCCAUAUUGCGGCGCGAAACCUGGGGCUGGGUGCGUUCACAACAAGGAUCGUCUCGGGUACAAAUUCAGGCCCUGA